AUGGGGGACGGCAACAGUACCUUAUGGCCGUUCAAAACUGUUUUUAUAACAGGAGCGAAUCGGGGAAUCGGAUUAGCACUCGUCAAGCGAUUUUUAAGCCUUUGCCAUCCUCCAGAAUAUGUCUUUGCCACUUAUCGAACAUUAGAGACAGCCUCAGAGCUGAAAUCGCUCAGCGAAGUGAACACGAAUCUUAACCUGUUAGAAUUGGACGUCAACAACAUCGAGAGCUUCGAUAAAGUUGUUUCAGAGGUGGAUAGCAAAUUAGAGAAUCGCGGUUUAGAUUUGUUGAUAAACAACGCAGGAAUUAUGGACAGGAGUAAGUUGGAUGCUGUAACCGCUGAGGGCAUGAUUCAAGUUUAUAAAACCAACGUCGUUGCUCCGUUGAUGUUGACCAAAGCGUUCUUGCCUCUUCUUCGCCGUUCUGUAUCUCAAAGAAACAAGGACGAUUCUUCUAAGACUUUCAUUGUCAAUAUGUCAUCUGGAGCUGGCUCCAUAACAAAUAACACGUGGAGUGCGAUGUACCCAUAUCGACCGAGCAAAGCGGCAUUGAACAUGAUUACGAAAUCUUUAAGCGUCGACCUAGCUGACGAGGGGAUCAUGGCAGUUGCGUUACAUCCAGGAUGGGUUCAAACGGACAUGGGAGGAUCAAAUGCUUCGCUAACGAUUAAAGAAUCGGUUGAUGGGCUGAUUACAGUCAUCGGCUCUUUAGACGAGUCAAAGAAUGGAGGAUUCCUGGAUUAUACUGGCAAGACAUUACCUUGGUAGAGCGAUUCAGACAGGGCAGCCCUGCUGGGAAUGAGUGUUGGUUAAACUAAUAGAGACAGGAGAGCCUUAUGGCGUCUUUAGGAGAUGAUGUAUUUACCAGCCGAACCGACAAAGAUACUUUCUUCUGGAACUCUAGGCGAUAGCCAGAUGAUGAGAGGCUUCAAUGAUAGGCUUUGAGCCCUACUUUUAUGUGAAUUUAAUCGCUCAAUAAAAUGAUGGUCUCUCGAUUUAUAUAAAUCUCAACAGUUUGUCCUUCCAUCCCUUUACACAGGAUGGAAAAAGGGAGGGGUGGCUCUUUCGAGCAUCACUUGAGGAAUUUGUAUGAUCGUUAAAAUGCUCUGUUUUUCUCUUAGUGAUUGUGUGGUAAAACACAGGUUACUUGUGCAACCAGUCAUGUGAUAGACUAUACCAAUUGCGACAAAACCAAAACGUACUUAAAUUUCCGGAGCUUCAAGCAGCUUGUUUGAAAUUGUGAAACUCAUCUAUUUUCUGAUUGGCUGUUGAAACUUCUUCUUAUAAAUUAAUUUACCAAAGUUUGAUAUUUAUCAGUGGUAACUCGUGAGUGGUGUGCAAUUGUGCGAGGUGGUUAGGAAGGUCUUCAGAGUAUAUCUGUAUUAAUGCCAACUGAGGAAUUACAACGUUAUAACCUGUGUCAAAAAUUUUCCAGCAUUUCUGAAAUUUGUCAUGAUCGGGGAGAACUGGAAUCUAGUCGCCAGACUCCUUCAAGUGUUACCCAGUUUCACUUUAGCGUUCUGACAUGGCAAGUUCGGGAAACUACAGCGAUCAGGAAAAGGCUCUAGAGUACGUUAAAUCACUCAUCAGACCUUUCCCAGACUUUCCUAUACCUGGAAUCAUUUUUAGGUAAGUUUGUUCCUAAAUUAAGAUAUGCAAAUUUGCUGGGAGAAGAUCACUCAUGCGGCAAACAGCACAUGUCUAACCCAUUUGGUGAUUGAAGAGUGGUACUGUUCUUUUAAAUGUUGUGACGGACAUUUCCACGUUUUGUUUCGUUGGUGUAGUAUACCUCAUGAGCCGAAUUCUUUGCAGAAUACGAUGAUUUAGCUACACAAACUUUAAAUUGUCAGUCUCGAAACAAAAUUUUAAACUUACUCUCGAUUGUGUCCGACCCGUUCAAGACGGGCUUAAAUUUGUUUAGUUAAUGGCAGUAAUAUAUACCACACAUUUGACGUCAUGCGAUCUCCUCGUGUGACGUGUAGAUGGGGUUUUCCGCGCAGGAAAAAAAAUCACGGAAACAUUUCCGAAUAACAUCAUACUAUUCCCAAACAAAGCCGUAAUCUCAAAGGUAGUCUAUUGUUUUCAUUGUCGUUUUUGUUAUCCAAUAAUAGUGAGCAUAAUGAAGAAUGGAACUGAGCGGGAACCAAACGAAAAUCACAUUUAAUCUAAUCCUGAAUGUUUUUUUUCCCUUCAGGGACAUCUGCCCUGUUUUAUACGAUUGCAAUGCAUUAAGGACAGUUACUGACAUCUUGACUGAGCACAUAAAGGCAAACUUUGCAGGCGUUGAUGCUAUUGUGGGUUCGUGCAAAAUCUUCUUAUGUUAGAACUUAGUGGAAGUUUUUCCAGUGCUCUAAUUGCACAGUGUCAGGUAUCAGGGGAUGCAUCACUUACAAUAUGGAAAGUUCAGACAAAAGACAAUGGGUAUUAUGACGGUCAAGUGUCUUUCUGGCACACACUGAGAAAAGUAGCCUGUUAAGAGGACAUUAGUAUCUGGGAUAUUCUGAUAUAAAUCUCAGAGAAUGAUACAAUGUUAUUUAUGUGUGAUUUUAUUUGUAAUUUUGGUAAUUUUGGCAAUUUUAAUUGUUUUGUUGGGAGGCCAAUCUGAAACUCAUCAAGCCUCAUGGUCCCUCAGCAAAGCAAGUAAACAUGGAAUAAAAAAUUUGUUAUUUCAUUUUUUUUUUGCAAUGAUCUAAAUUGUCUUUAUAAAGUUCUGUUGUAAUGCUCUUAAUUCUGGUUUAUAAGGAGAUAAGAACAAAAGGGAACUUCCAAGCCAAUACUUUUAGAUUUUGUUAUGCUCUUAUAAACUUAUCAGAGAUAUUUUCUGUUUAUCUUUUUAUGAUUUUUGCGGCAUAUUUUGCAGGUCUUGAUGCCAGAGGGUUUUUAUUUGGGCCUAUUUUGUCUCUGAAUCUAAAUUUGCCUUUUGUCCCAGUCCGUAAAUCUGGGAAAUUGCCUGGGCCAACAGUGAAGGUUUCUUCGACAAAAGAAUAUGGCAAAGUGAAAUUGAGUCAAAGGUUUUUUUAACCUAAAAAACUGGAGGACUUUUAAUGUUGUAACAUUGAAAAACAAAGGGAAUUGAAAAGUAUUGACAAUUUCAUCAUAAGAAUUUUUAUAAGAGUUUUCUUGCUGGGAACCAAAAAAACUCACAAAGGCCUUAACACAGAUGUGUGUAGCAGAAGUCUGGAAAGCUAACCACCACACCACACUUCUUACACUUGUCGUAAAGUGAUUAUCACUUUCCUAUGAUUGAGAAAUUGUCAUCCAACCAAAUUCAUGCUAAUAUGAAUAUUUAUUUAAUAAUCAGUUUUCAUUUUUAGGAUGUUCUUGAGAUGCAAGUUGAUGGCAUCCAGAAAGGCCAAAAAGUUGUCAUAGUUGAUGACCUGCUUGCCACAGGGGGUAAGGAAUGAAUAUUUCAUAAAGAGUACAUUUGGAGUAAGUGUUGUAUCACCAACACAAAGUAAUCCGAUAAAACCCUUAGGUGUGGGCAAACAAAAGUAACUAUGUGGUGAUAGUUCUAAGUUUUAAUUUUGAUUUUUUUGAGACUGGUAGAUGAGUUUUUUCAGACCAACAGAAUCAUAGAGUUAACCCUUUAACUUCCAUGAGUGACCAAGAGAGAAUUUCUCUUGACAUUGUCAGUGCAAUAUCAAGCACACAAGUGAUGAGAAUAACAAAAAAUAGAUAUAAGGGCAUUUUAGUUGAUCCAAUACCAAAUUCUCCAAGCUAACAUUGUAUAAAUUUUUAUGGCAGAUAGUAAGGAGAAUUAAUGGUGAGAUCUCGGGAGUGAAAGGGUUAAGCAUAGAUUUCAUUUGAGUGAAGAACCUUAACCAAAGUAAAACCACAACAGCCAAUCAGAAUGAAGGAAAAUAGCACAAGGAGCCAAUCAGAACUGAAUUUGAAACAAGAAAACUGACCAAGUUGCAAAUUAGUUUUAAUUUUAAACUUGAUGGUUUGAGAAAGUGGUGCAAGCCUUCUGGACCAAUUACUGAGAAAAGUAAAGAAAAGCCAAAAGCAAUCAUAUUUGGUAUUACUUUUGAAUUGCUCUUGUAACUAAACAAGACAGUAAACAAAUUGAUAUAAGAAUUUUAAACAUUGUUACAGGCACUCUACAAGCAGCUUGUCAACUGGUGAAAGAUGCUGGUGGGGAAGUGUUAGAGUGUGUCUUGAUCGUUGAACUGGAGGAACUGGAUGGAAAAAGCAAGGUCCCUGCUCCUUGCUACUGUUUGUUGAAGUUCUAGAAAGCAAUUAUUGUGGAGAACAAGAGGUCAUAUUGAUUGUUUUUGUUCAAACUAGAGAUCAGGAUACCGUUUUUAGAAAACGAAUGAUUGAUAUAACAGGUAUUCCCCAGUAAUCACAGUGCACUUUUUUCCUAUGGUUUGGUAUGUUUGGUAAUCAUGUCGAAGAAAGGAAGUGAAAGGAAAUGAGUAGUGAAUAGAAAGGUUAUUAGAGAUGGGGAAUUGGAUUUAUUUCUAAGUAUUUCAACAACGUUUUGUAACAAACCGUCUAAACGAUAGGAAGAGGGACGGUACAUCGUUAAGGCAAUAAAAGGGAAGGACACACUUAACCUCCUCUGUGGACUUUUCAAAUGAAAGAAAGGUUUCUCGUAUCUGCCACAAAGAAUAACUUACUCUUCACAUCAAUUCCUGGAUCUAUUUUGUUUUUGUAAACUUUGUCCUGUUUACUAGGGAUAAAAUUCUAACGAACGAGACUCAAUUAAACUGUUUUAUUCUGCUCUCGUAUUCGCUUAUUUACAUCGGGUGUGUAAAAAGCUACUCUGCAAAAUUUGUAAGAAAUCACUCUCUUAUACGAUAUUUUCUACAUUGUGAUUGGUUGUUGCUGAGUACUGAUUUAAAAGGUCAUUCAAGGUUGCGUUGAUUAUGUAAACCAAUCAAUGUCCAUAAUGUUCACACUCAUCAUCUGACAUGUGUCACGCACGAAUCACAGUCUCCGACAUUGUCUUGUCGCAGCGCAAUUUUCCUUUUUUUGGAAGGAUUCAAGUCUGCACACAAAUUUCGCGACGCAAACACUUUCGUUCACUUCCACGG